AGAGAAAUAGUGACCAGUGAAGGUACCCGCUUGGCCCUCAAACUAGGAGCUGUCCAUCUUAUAUUCCAUCCAAAUGCUGUGUCUGAGCCUACGUCAAUCGAGGUCUCCAGAUGGAAAUCCAGUGUCUGCUCACCCCCACUACAGGAACACGAGGCCAUUGUCAGCAAUGUUAUUGAACUAUCUUCCCACAAUGGCCAACGCCUGAAAUUCAAUACUAUGGUGACUUUGUCGCUUUCUCACAGUGCACCGGACCUACGGGGCUACGAAGUGGUGAUAAAAAGGCAGAUCAACAAGAAAACCAAUAAAUGGGAAGACGUGAGUGGAACCAAGAACUUACGCUGUCGCCAAGGUAUAGAAAUUAUCUCUAUGUAGUAGAUUCAUGGCAACUAAAGAUAACCGUUUGGCAGAUCCUGUUUCUGUAAGCAGGAUGUGGUGUACGUCUUCUGUAUUGCUGAAGGGUUUGCUUUGUUUCUUUUUAAGAUAGUGUUAUUACGUGUUACAGUUGCGCUUGCGCUCUCGAUCUGAGACUUGUUUUUCUUUUUUCCCGGUGUUGAUUUAUAUAACGUCAGUCUUUUUAGAUGCCAAAGAAAGUGUAUAUGUUAGUUACAUUUUACUGGUAUUUUGUAUCGGUAACAGGUAUCGAAGAUAUACCAGAUCCUUUCUUUCCUGUUGUUCAAGCUGAUAUAACUGAGUGCUCGACAUAUGCAGCGGUUUGCCGUCUCAAAACUUCUCCGACUUAUACCAUCACACCUGCUGGUGGCUCAUUUAGUCAUCCUGAUUUUCCAGGGGUGAUGCUUACAGUCCCUGAGAAUGCUGUUGCACCUGAAACGGCGUUUUCCCUGGUGCUAAAGGUUAGUGUUAUUACAAAGCUCCAUACAUAAUGAGAGUAGAAUAGCCGGUAUAAUCAACCCGCCCUUUUAAAGUGAUAUAAUUUCUUGAAUAUGACAGCCCAUUCUGUGUAUAGCCGCCCCCUCCCCUCAGAAAAAAUCGGAGAAUGGGCGAUUGACUGGCUUGGGCGGCUGUAUAUAGGCUAAUGACAGCCUAAAUGGUCUCGAUGGUUUGACUGAAGAGUCGGAUCCUUUUGAUAAGCUUUUUAAUAUCUGAGUUACGUUUUCACUUACAUAAGUUAUGAAGACGCAAAGUCGUUCUCAAUUCAAUUACUUUUUGUAAUGGUACAGGUGCAAGAAGUUCCUAAUGAAGAAUUUGACGAGGAAGGUGUAUUUCUUGGACCUAUUCUGCGAAUUAAAUGCUUUGAGGUUGUCCAGUUCUUUAGGCCUGUAACCAUUCAGCUUCCAGUUUCUCUUCGAGACCUGCAGGACUUUAAUCCAGAUCCCACUAAAUGCCAUGUGAGAGUGUUGUUCCUGAAUUGCGAGGAAGAAAAAAAGGAAUGGAUUGAACUCACUGAUCUGUCAGAACCGACACAGUUUGAUGCAAAGUUUGUUAGGAUCCAAGUCCAACGAUUUUCUAGGUAAAGAUACUUAAGAGAUCACUAGUAUUUACCAGAGAGAAGGCCAGUUGAGUCCCUUUUUAUCCAAAAUGUUGAUCCACCUUCACUCAACGUUGUUGGAUGCAACGUUUUAGAGCCGUUUGAACACCAUGUUGAACGGUGCUGGGUGUUUCUAGAUCUGGUUUGAACGUUUAGAACCACAAUCUUGGACAAAUUAAAGUAAAAUGGAACAGCAAACCCCCAUCCCCCCAAAUCGAGGAUGAAACCGCGCAAAAGCCACUGAACCGCGCCAUUUUCCCAUCCUUGAUUUCGGGGCGAGGGGAGAUAUAAAUUUCCCAUUUAUUUUGUCCAAGAUUGCAAUCCGUUGGACAAAAUAAAUGGAACAGCAAACCCUUAUCCCCCACCGCCCUCCCCAAAAAUAUAUAUAUAAAGGAUGAAGCCGCGCAAAAGCCACUGAAACGCGCCAUUUUCCCAUCCUUGAUUUCGGGGGGAGAGGAGGUAUAAAUUUCACAUUUAUUUUGUCAAAGAUUGUAGGAUUGGACAUCAUCAGACAUUUCUCUUUUUUAGGUGUGCGAUGGCCACAAAGUUAAAUGGGCGAACCCUCAAUUAAACUUUGUUUGCUUUAUUGCGCUUCACAUUUCUUGUAAGUAAUUAGCUCAGAAUUCACUCUUCCUACGCAAGGCCCUAUCCAAUACUGCAUCACAUCAUCCAACUUCGUUGGAUCCAGUUGCUGGGUCGGCCUAAACGCACCUUUAGGUGCCUGAAUGUAAAAUUACUUGGACACAUUUAAUUACAUUGUUAAAACAAAAAGCCAGUACUUCUUUCAAAGCAUCCCUAGGCCGGAGUCAAAUUGUAAGACAAUACCCAAGUCGAUUUUAGCUACCAUGCUGCCCGUCAGGUGGUUAGUAAAAAACUAUCUACUCAAGAAGAACGAAAGAACAUUUAACGCAUCUAUCAGACUGUGUCUCUUUAUAAUUUUUCAUUUUCAGUCUAAUGGAAAAUUUCUUGGGCUCAGCGAUUACGUGGAAUAAUCAAAGAAUCGACCUUACCAUUUCAAGGCUUGUAACAACUCCAUCCACCCUGGUUUACGUUAAUUCAGGUUUGAUUUUUUGGUUCUAGAUAUUCGUUUCUCCUUGAGCGGCGUGAAGAAAACUCCAGAGCGUAUGGACUGGGGAUCUUAAGUUACCUUACCCGCUUCACUAGACCGCAGCCCCGAGCAGCAAGUUUCGUCGCUUACUUUCGUCCAGACAUUCCAAACAUUUUGUUCCUUAUUUGUUGCUCUGCUCACCAUAAACAAGAGGUGAUACAAGAUCUUGAAAAAAGGGACGUAACGUUUGCUGAUGGCAGUUCGAUGAAAGAUAUGAUACCUGGAGAGGACAAAGCAUUUGUGUUUUUGUCAGGAGGAAUACGCCCAUUUGAUGAGGAGGACGAAAAUAACAUUUAUCUUAGGUGAGCUCAUUUAUUAUGUAUUCAAAAGAUUUCCCAGUUUCUCCUUGGCUCAAAUCCCGCGGCUAAUUCUUGAAAACCAGCUAGCGUUGAGCAAAUUUGGAAGACGUUUACGAGAUCCAGAAAAUGACGUCAACAGUGCAGCGUAAUGCCAAUAUGGACGGCAGCCAAGAAGUCCUGAUGAGAUUUUGAGUUUGGUAGAUCGGUACAAAAUAGUGGAACAUCCAUCACUGUGCAUACUUUUUAAAAACAGACCGAUCUGAACAGUCGUGAUUAAUAGUUAAAUCCUCUCCGGUGACUGAACAGUUCUGUCCAAUGGUGAGCGAAGGAUUACAUCAUGCAUGUUUCUCUCUUACUUUUGAACAGGUUAUUAGAAGACGAUAUUCCGUUUAAGACUGAAUUGCGAGUUCGUCUCGUUGAUGACGGAGACCUAGCACAAGUGGAAUUUCGAAACACCUUGACACACACAGACAGAAAGGGUCUGUUGUGUAAAUUUCACUUAACUUUGCCCUCCCGCAAAAUGUCCCGCGCGGUAAGUAUAACUUAUCAUUUUAUGCUUGAGCAUUUCAUCUGUUUAAAACUCCUAUCAGUUGAAAAAUUCUGGGUCAGUUAUUUAACGGAGUUUAACCAAUGUUUAACAAAUCAUCCAGUACCACGUUCUAAGUCAUUUUCAGUUUGCCAGACGCUAUUAUCUAAACACCGGUUAUCGUGAACAAUUUCAUGAAAGCAUAUAGUGUAGACUAGAAAAGCAUUUAUCUGGUGAUUCCAUGAUUUCUUAAACCGCGGCCUAAGUAAGACGUCGUUUCAAUAACCAACCCUUUGUAUUGCAAGUUUUAAGUUGAGUGAACGAGCAGAUCGCUCAAGAUGCUCUGUACUUGUAAGUUGUUUCUUGUAGAAUUUUAGCCUGUUCAAGCACACAGUAAUUUUCAAGGAGUUAUAAUAACUCCUCUAGUCAGUGGGGCUAAUGUAACUCCUUACAGUGGAGUUAUUUUUGGGGAGUUAUUUUAACUCCAAAAAGGAGUUUAAAGAACUUACUUUUUCAGGAGUAAAAUUGACCCCAGAUACUGAGGAGUUAAAAUAACCCCCAAAAAAGAGUUAUCCUGUACCUAAACGUUUUACUCCACUUUCAGAGUUAAAUUAACUCCAGAAAGAGUAAAAACAACCCAUGUAGGGAGCAAAAAUAACCCCCCAUUUCGGAGUUAUUUUAACUUCAUACUGGGAGUAAAAAGAACUCUUUUUCAGGAGUAAAAAUGACCCCAAAUUCGGAGUUAAAUUAGGAGUUAAAGUAACCCCCCAAAAGGGGUUAUCCUGUACCUAAAAUUUUUACUCCAUUUUUGGAGUGAUAAUAACUCCCUAAAAAUUACGGUACAAUGACAAAGUUUACUCAAAAUGCUGCAGGUAUUAUCAUGUCAUUUAAAGACAGUCAAGACUUCCCUCUUAAUUAAUAUUAGAAAUAUUAACAUUUCCAGCGGGUAUUUUGAGAAAACAGACGACAUUUCGGGACGCCACCGCUGGUUUCCCCUCGAAAUGACGUCAGAGAAACGAGCGUAGAAAUUCCAUACUGAUGACGUGACACUACCCAGAUCUGGGUAGUGUUUCUGAUGGGUUGAAGCAAAGCUCCAUCCAAUAAGAAGCAUUACUCAGAUCUCUAAGACCUGUUACAUCAGACCCUUUCUGACCUUCAUUCGCAAUCAAGGUUACGGUCUGUAUGCUAUUAAAUAAUUAUAAUUUUCUACCUUUUAUGCCUUUCUAGGAAGAUCAUGAUUCGAGGGAACUUGAGCGACAACCUGGUAAGUUUUCAGUCUUUCAUGAUAUAUUUCCACUUCUUUUGUCAAAUUUAAUUCAGUUUAGGUUUCAACCAGGAGCCCAUAGGCUCCUGGUUUUAAGAUAUUGCCUUAUGAUCUUCAAUAAACUGUGUCUACAAGGUUAGCUUGUGACUCCGGCAUUAUCAGAACUGGUAAACUUUAAUGCAAGGGAUAUCUCAAAUUUAUUGGCUGCUCUCAAGAUUUUAGAGGGUCUUUAGAGGCUUGCUGGUCAAUUUUCGGUUCAGACGGUCAGUGAAGUCUAUACGUGGAGACAUCGAACUAAUCACUAAAAGCCAUCGGAUGGCGCUAGCUUACUAAUAAUCCCGCACAAUCAAUAAAUACCACCGUAUGAAGAAAAGCAGCGGUCGAAACGUCGUUCUUUUUUUCGGGAGUGUCCGUAUCGCUCUUUGUUUGCUCUGAAUGUCUCAUUUGUGUGCAAGCCUUAAUUGCCACUUUGAGGUUGGGCGGGAUACCGGGUCGAGUUGGUUGUCAAAGUGCAUUGUGGGACUGUCUCAACGAACUUGCCGCCAUGUUGAAAAUGCGUGCCCCAAAACAGUCCCACAAUGCACCUCACAACCAUCUCGACCCGGUCUCCGCGCAACCUCAAAGUGGCGAAUUCUGUCGGUUCAAGAGAGAAUAAUGGAAGAGAGAGGGAGACGCCCAGUUUCGCCCUUGGGACUGAUGUGAAUUUCACCAAAGUUAUUUUUAAACCAGUUAUACGCUUGAAUUAAUCGGAAGUCGGUUCCCGAAGAGCGCCGCAAUUUUUCAUUCAGUGUUGUUAGGAGAGAAUUUAACAGUCGCCAUUACAAUAAUUUGCAUUUUUUUGCUUUGAGGCAGUUAACGCGUGGACUUGAUGACAUUUCAAACAUUCGACUACAAUCUGCGGUCGUCCGAGGAAUUAAUUAAUGAAAACCUCUAAAAAUAACUUAAUUGAAAUUUACAUAUCCCGACGAAUGCCCUAAGAUUCCCCCUUUGUCUCGUUAUUCUCUCUUGGUCUGUCUGAAGAUGGCCAUUGAGGGAUCGAUCGCUUAGCAUCUCGAUCGUUUUUAUUUUCACAGAAAUCAAAGAUGGCAGUCCAUCACCCGAUGAACUGGAAGGUCUAUCAGAAGAAAUCAGUGACAAGUGGAAAAAUCUUGGUCGUCGGCUACAUUUCGGUGAAGCACAAAUAACAGAACACGAUAAAAACAAUGAUAAACUUUCUGAAAAAGCUUACAAAUUGCUGAUGGCUUGGAAAGGAAGGGACGCCUCAGCUGCAACUUACCGUGUUUUGCACAAAGCACUGUCCGACGUAGAA